AUGGGCGAGUGGGCGGACCGGGGCCCGCUGCAGUGGCAGGAGUGGACGCGGCGCGCGGUGCGCGUGUCGGCCGGCGGGCGCGAGUACCGGGGCUGGGUGCUCACCACCGACCCCGUGUCCGCCAGCAUCGUCCUGGUCACCUUCCUCGAGGAUGGCAGCCUGUCCGUGACAGGCAUCAUGGGCCACGCCGUGCGGUCGGUGACAGCUGACACGGAGGCCGAGCUGGACGGGGACGGGAGAGAGCAGGAGACGCUGGCGCGCUUGUUCGAGUCGCCCGACUUCUCCGAGGCCUACAGCCCCGAGCUCCUGGAGAAGAGGAAGGGCAGCUUGAAGACGUGGCUGGAGAAGAACCACGUGCCCGUCGCUGAGCUGGGAGACGCGCCCUCCAGGCUCUGCGUGGCGGGGGCCCUGACCGUCGAGCCGCCCUACCGCCCGGAGGACUGCAGCUGUGCCAACGAGAUCAUCCUGUCGCGCAUCCAGGACCUCAUCCGCCGCUCCUGGCAGCCGCCUGGCGAGGCUGACCAAGAGCUGUGCGCCGACCUUUCCGCCCCCGGAAAACCCUAGCCCUGGUUGGCCUGGUGGUCAAGACACUGACCCACACUGGCCACCGCUGGGGGAGCACCCCACCCAAAAGGAAGAAGUGAGUUGCAUAAAUACCAGCGGCACCACACGGAAUAAAACUAGCCCGGGGAUAUCGAGAUCAUCUUUCUUUUUGGACCAUCCCUGGCAGUGCUCAGGGCUCUUCCUUCCUGGCUCUGCACAUGCUCGAACCCAGUUCCAAAAUGUGCGAGGCCAGGGCCCUACUCAUUGUACUUAUCUGUCCAGCCGCCGAGAAUCUUAUAUUUUUUUGAUCUUAUUUUAAGCUUAUUUUUACGUUUUUGUUAAAAAAAAUGUUGUUAGAAAAAAUGCACAAGAUUCCAUAUAAAAUCUUAGAAAAAGUCCCUUGUAGAGACUGGCUUUACUUGCGUGGGGGGAAAUUCGAUCCUCACCUGGCG